CUGUACAGACUGACCUGGUGGUCCAGAUAUAGCCAGGAGCCUCGGAUUGAUCUCACAGGGUCCCAGAUGACCUCUGACCCAGUGAACUCUGACUCCAGCCCGGAUUCGAAUUGCUUGCAGAGAGCUGUUCUGUGGCUCUGUGGUCUGAAUGGUUCAAGCUCUGGCUUUGUAUAUCCAGUUAUUGAAAACAGUGAACUUAACUCCCUGCAGGAGGAGCCACUCUGGAGAAGAGUUUGCAAUGUAAAUGCCCUCCUGCUACUGGCUGUAAAUGUGUUUCUAUGGGGAUACUUCGCCUAAUGUGCAGGUUUCAUUAAAUACUGAAGAUGAUGUUAUCAGCCAGCAGUACUAGACUGUUCUGUUAACAUUGUUUGAUUAAAGGCUUGGUCCAGUGGCUAAACCAAUUCUGUAUUCUGUGCAACAACAGAUAAGUAAUCUUAUCAGGAAAGAGAUUUUUGUCUAACAAUGAUCAAGGGACACUGAUUUAACCACUGAAAAGGUAUUCAACUGAUUUACAAGGUCUGUAAUCACUGUUUAAACACUCUUUGAAAAGGAAACUGAGAGUCCUCAUUCAUUCAAGGGAAAUUAUUUGGACACCAGUCAAUAAAUGGAAAAAUAAAUGGGUACGCUGGUUUUCAUGUAUAAAACUGAAUGUGACAUGAGAAUGUGCGUACCGAAUUUCCCACAGAUAAAAUGCCAGGGAAAACGACAAUUUCCUAUGUUUAUGGGACAUGGAGAUGUUAACACAUGUCUGAGACUGUACAUUUGCUGAGGUGCACUGACAUCCAUGAUGCACAGGAGGUAAAGCACACAGAUCCAUCUCCCCAGAAAGAAAACGAAGUGCCAGAUGGACAAAUGCACUCACUCACUAACAUGGCAUGCCUAUGCCACAGGAGCUGUGGAUAAACCCUACCCAGGUCCACCAAAGCGGAGUGCAGCAGCUAUAUAGUUAAGAAUAACAAACACAUCUGAGUCAUGCAGGCAUUACAUCAGAGAUGGGGGCUUCUAAUUGCAGCAAUCCUUCCUUCAUGUGCCGUCAGUUCUGACUUUCCUGAGCCCACAACAGUAGCAGCAACACUCUGUCGAUGUGCAGUAACAAUUCUGCCAAAUGUACGGUUAUUUGAACCGGCUGCAUUGGCUGCUCUUGUGACUCUUUAUUCUUGUUGCCUAUUGCUUAUUAUUAUAUAUUGUUGCUUUUUUAUCAUUAUUACAAACCACCAAAUAAAUCAUUUUUAAGGCCUCACCACCAGUGAACAGCACCUCAAUCUCACACUCUUUUGCUUGUAUUGUCACUGCAUUAUAAUAAUUAUUGUGCUAAUAAUCUUUACAUAAAUC